AUGUCAGCCAUCCUCCCCUCGAUCGAGCUCACGCUCGUCCUCGCCGCCACGCGCGACAUGGGAAUCGGCCUCAACGGCGGUCUUCCAUGGACUGGUCUCAAGAAGGAAAUGGCCUACUUCGCUCGCGUAACGAAGAGAUUGCCCAGUCAGCUCACCGGCACCAAAGCCCUCAACGCCGUAAUCAUGGGCCGCAAAACCUGGGACUCCAUCCCGCCCAAGUUCCGUCCCUUAAAGGGUCGUCUGAACAUCGUCAUCAGCCGCUCUGUCACCUCUGCUGUCCCAUCCCUCUCAGAAGGAAAGCUUGAAAGUGAAGAAGGACCGGUCAUGGCCUCUUCCCUGGAACAAGCUAUCAACUACCUUCGCCAGCAGCAACAAGAACAACAGGAACAAAAAGUGGGAAAGGUCUUUGUCAUCGGCGGCGGACAAAUCUACGGCGCGGCGCUGGAGCUGCCCAAGGAGGUGAGCAAGCGGAUUCUGUUGACGAGGGUGUUGAGUCCGGAGUUUGAGUGUGAUACGUUCUUUCCUUUGGAGUUGAAGGAACAGCAGGAGGGAUCGGAAUGGGUGAGGAAGAGCAAGGCGGAGUUGGAUGAGUUUGUGGGUGAGGAGGUUCCUGGAGCUGUGCAGGUUGAGAAUGCGACGGAGUAUGAAUUUCAGAUGUGGGAGAGGAGGUAG